CCACCACCUCCCCAACACGCUCCACCAUGGCCGACACAACAAAACCAGAAGAGCCCACGCCCACAAUGCCUGAGACACAGUCCCCCGCCCCCGAAGGCGGCGACGGCUCCGCACCCCCCACGCCCCAACCCUCCGCCUCCAGCGACGCAAAAGCAGCCCUCGCCGCCCGCAUGGCGCGCUUCAAGACCCUCCAAGCGCAAAAAGAAUCCGGCCGCAAAGCCACAGAAAAAGAAGUCCGCGACGCCGAAGACCGCGAAGAGCGGCGCGUCAGGCUAGCCAAGCUGCAAGAAGCCAACGAGAAAGCAUCCUACAAGCUGCUCAAAGCGGACGACCCAGACUUCGAGCGGAAGCGAAACUGGGACUACACGGUGGAAGAGAGCGAAAGCUGGGACAAGCGGCAGGCGAAGAAGGCGCGGAACCGGGACAACAACGCGUUUGCCGACUACCGUGGUGAGGCGAACAAGGUGUACAAGCGGCAGAUUCGGCAGAUGGAGAAGGUGGAUCUGGAGAACUAUGUGGCGCAGAAGGCGGAGCGGCUGCAGAAGCAGGUCCAGUCCGGGCUGCUGCGGCUUGUGGAGACGGAUGAGGGGGAUGUGUUUACGGUGGAUCAGCAGGGGCGGAUUAAUACGCCGGUCGAGGAGACGUAUAGUAUGGACCAUAAGCCGACGAAAGAGGCGGUCGAUAAGUUGGUGGAUGAUCUGGAGAAGGGUGAGCGGGCGAGAUUGAAGGCGAGAGCGGCGAGGGGGAUUAAUGAUGAUGAUGGUGGGGAUGUGACGUAUAUCAACCAGAAGAACAAGCAGUUCAACGAGAAGCUGGCCCGGUUUUAUAAUAGGUAUACGACGGAGAUCCGGGAGAGCUUUGAGAGGGGCACGGCGAUUUGAGGACGGGUGGAUUGGGCGAGGAUGGCAUUAUACCCUGGCAUGGUUUAUGGCGUUGGUGGUUUGGCUAGCACUGCUUCGGGAUCAUAGUUGAGUGUCUCUACGUAUGAGAGACGCCUGAAAAGCAAUUCUAUCGGCUGCUGUCACG